UAGUUUUAGAAUAUUCUCAACACAGUCACUUAUAAAAUUGAUGUUUUGCUAAAAUGGACAGUGGGGAAGUGAAGAUUAAGUCAUUGAUGUGGGAAAAUUGCCUUCAUCGCCUCCUGCUUUCUCCUUUGAUUUUUAAGAUCCCACCACUGACACUCUUGUCUGUUUGCUCCUGCUUCACAGUAAUUUUUCUUGCUAUUUCCAUUCCAAGAAUGUCUGAUAUCCUAGAUAGAGUGUGAGCUCCAAAAUUUAGAUAUCAGCUUACAUAACGUUUUCAUCACCAUCCUAUUGUGAUGUUUUUCUUGUAGAGUGUAAUCUCCUUGAGAAGAAUGUCUGAUGUGUGUUACUUUAUUCCCAGUGCCUAGGACAUGGUUUGUUACACAGUAGCUGCUUAACAAAUAGUUGUUGAAUUAAGUAAAUAGAGAAACUUUUUGUUGGAAAUAAAUGGAUAAGAUGACCUAUAUGCACCUAUGAUAAUAUGCAGUGACACAUGAAUGAUCUUUAUGUAUUUGCAAACACAGCAUUUGGUCUCUGAUCCUAGUGAAUUAAAAUUCAUGUGGUUAUGAAUUUGAAUUGUUUUACAAACAGAUCAUUAAGGGUCUUCCUCAACUAAAUCUCCCAUAUUUUCAGCUUCUGGUAUGGUAUCUUGGCAUGGCAACUUUAUCUUCAGAAGAACUGAUAAAAAUCAAAGAAAAAACCAUCAUGCCUCCUCUCAACACCUUUCAUCCCUCUCCUGUCACCUUCUCGCUGAUGGGCAUCCCAGGACUGGAGCACCUGCAUGUCUGGAUUGGGAUUCCCUUCUGCUCUAUGUAUGUGGUGGUGGUGGUGGGGAAUGUGACCAUUCUGGCUGUGGUGAGGGCAGAGCGAAGCCUCCAUGAGCCUAUGUUCCUCUUUUUAUGCAUGCUCUCAGUCACUGACCUGGUCCUCUCCACGUCUACACUGCCUCUCAUGCUCUGUCUCUUCUGGCUUGGAGCCCAUGACAUUGCCGUUGAUGCCUGCCUGACCCAAAUGUUCUUCAUUCACAGCUUCACUACCAUGGAAUCAGGCUUUUUCCUGACCAUGGCCAUUGACCGUUAUGUGGCCAUUUGUCAUCCACUGCGCCACACCACCAUCCUGACCCACACUCGCAUCACUAUAAUGGGUAUUAUUGUGGUGAUUUGGGGAGUUGCCUUCUUUUCUCCACACCCCAUUCUGCUCAAACAGCUGCCUUACUGCAGAACACGAAUCAUUGCCCACACCUACUGUGAGUUUAUGGCCGUGCUGAAGCUGGCGUGUGUGGACACAGGAGCCACCUCACGUUACAGCCUCAGUGUGGCUUCUAUCAUUGGCUCAUGUGAUGCGAUUCUUACUGCUGUAUCCUAUGUCUUCAUCCUCCAGUCUGUAUUCCGCUUGCCAUCUCGAGAAGCUGGCUUUAAGGCUUUGGGCACAUGUGGAUCCCAUGUUUGUGUUAUUCUUGUCUUUUACUCGACAUCUGGUUUUUCCAUUUUCACUCACCGUUUUGGGAAAAAUAUACCUGCACAUAUCCACAUUUUUAUUGCAAAUAUGUAUCUUUUGGUGCCCCCUUUUCUCAACCCCAUUGUAUAUGGAGUAAGGACCAAGAAAAUACGGGAGCGUGUUAUUAAGGCGCUAAGUGUAAAAGUUGCUUGA